UCGUGUUAUUGUCCUAAGAGUAGUAAAUAUAUGGAAGUUAAAAAUAUAGGAAAUUGUAUGAUAUUUAACACUCAUAUAAAAUUUGAUAGAGUUUUAGUUAAACCGAGUGGUAUUAUUAACCAUGGUACAGUUUCUGAACCAAUACCAAGGCAUAGGCAAAAAAGGAGAAUGGAUGGAUAUUCGAGAACCAAAUUGAAACAAAGAAAACCAGCAGCAGAUCGUGCUCAACAAUUUAAUGAAGAAAGAAGAGAAUCUCCUGAAUCGUAUAUUACAUUUGGUAACAACGUGAACGAUCUUUUUUCUGACACUCGAAUGCGCGAAAUUGUAGAUUGCAUGCGCCAAGCGAAAUAUAAAGACACCAACGAAAAUGUUUUUUCUUUGCAAACCAUAAUUGACAUAGUCGAAUUAUGGGAAUACCAGAAGAAAGAACUCCUAAAACCUCCACAUGAGCGAACAUUACACGGUGGCAUAACUGUAUAUUUAAAAAAGAUAUAACCUUAUACAAAUGAUGUAUCAAAAAACAACCGGGGCCAUAACAGCACAAUAGAAGAUGUGGGAAAGGCAAUGGAAAUGUGGAUUGAAAAAUCUAAAAAUUUAAUAAA